GAGCCGAAGUGUGGGACACUAAAGAGGUUCAGAUGGUCAGCAACGUACGCUUUGGUCGCAACGUGAACUAUCGCAUCUUGGACAUCGACUGGUGCACGUCAGACAAGGUCGUGCUGGCGUCGGACGACGGCUGCAUCCGAGUGUUGGAGAUGGCCAUGAAAUCUGCAAGUUAUCGAAUGGAUGAACAGGACCUGACUGAUCCCGUGUGGUGUCCCUACCUGCUGCUGCCUCGGGCUGCCCUCACUCUCAAGGCUUUCCUUCUGCUGCAGCCCUGGUCAGGAACCUUCACCAUGGACGUCACUCAGGUAGAUUACACAGAAAAAGUGGAGAUCAAAGGCCUGAUCCAGGAGCAGCUCAACUCGUUGUCAAACGACCUGAAGAGCGUCCUUCAGGACCCAGAGCUCAGUCUUCUGCAACGCUGCCUCCUGGUCUCACGGCUGUUCGGGGACGAGUCCGACCUCACAUUCUGGACGGUGGCGUCCCAUUACCUCCAGUCGUUUGCCCAGGCCCGGCAGCUCAGCGUGCCUGCCGCGGAGGGAAGUGAAGACAGUCAGCCGUCACCGCUGAACCACCUGGACAUCUGCCAAGAUGUUUUGUGUGAAAGUUCCUACUUCCAGACUUAA